GCUGCUUGUGUUGGUAGGUGAACGAGCAUGCUACCACUGGUGGACAUGAACGGAAGUGCUGCUUUCCACACCCAUUCCAGACUUGCAAGAAAGAAAACCUACCCAGAAGCUGGAAGGAAUCCAGAAGACAUGGACAAACCCACAGCUCUCCCUUGAGAGAGAGGUGUGCCCUUUCAUUUCUCAGGUCUACUGAAGCCAGAGAAGAUUAAUUGAGGGAUUGCUUGCCUCCGAGGCAUUUCACUUAAGCAGGCUCGGUCCUGGAUCAGCAAUGUUCCAGGCUGUCAGGAGAAACACACACUUGGGCAUCUCCUGUGUGAAAUCCCCAUAACCACAGCUUCUGACUGAGGGCUUUGUAAACCCUCUCCACCCUCAGGGGCCAAAGAAAUCCGGUACCAAACAGCCCUGGUUGACUGUCCCUCGCCAUGUCUUCCCACAAGACUUUCAGGAUCAAGCGAUUCCUGGACAAGAAACAAAAGCAGAAUCAUCCUGUUCCCCACUGGAUUUGGAUGAAAACUGGUAAUAAAAUUGGGUACAACUCUGAGAGGAAGCAUUGGAGAAGGACCAGGCUGGGUCAAUAAGGGAUCGCACACAAGAUGGCACACAAGUUUAUGCUGCAUGAAGGUCACGUGUUCCUAUCCUAUUACUCUGUAAACAUCACAACCGCUUGAACAAUGGAUAUGUUUUAUCAGGAAAAUUAUUUUUGUCUGCUACUGUGCUUCUGCACCAGUGUGUUCGUUCAGUAAUAAAUGAGACAUUUGUUGGAAAAAAAAAAAGAGUCUUCCAAGUACUAACAGAGACCAAAAGAGAAUACAACAAAUAACGGAUUUGCAAGGUAUUCGGUUCUCACCUAGCACAGCCAGGUUGUUCUGAGGGACUCAUGGGUUUCAUUCCAAAAGGGAAUAGGGCCCUACCAUGUCUUCAAAGGUGGUAUGGCUUCUUUGGGUCCCUGUCUGGGCUCCUCUCUUCCAAGGAUUUGACUGGCUAUUUCCACUUGACUGAUUUUCUUCUGCCCUCCUUACACACAUGGUAUCUGAAGUCUGGACAAGAAGGCCACCC